CUCCUAAAACCAAAUCCUGGCUACGCGGGAGCGCAAAUGGUUGUCGGUAAUGUCACGUCUAAGGUCGCGACCUCAGAGGGAAAAAAAAUCCUUUCAACUCGUCACGGUUCAGUUGUGUUCAUGAGUUUAUCAUAGUACAGCACAAACCGCAAACCGCCAUUUAUGAUCAACUGCAAUCGACGAUAUUAUGUGAAGCGCUAUUACACAUUAAUCGAAGUUUUCGUUUGUUUCAACUGUCACCAUGGAUAAGAAUUUGCCCGACGUAUUGACUGAUGAUGUCCUCAUCAAUGCCGUUUCAGUCACAACAUAUUUAAUGCUGAUCAUCACAUCGAUUCUCUUUACUCGAUAUUGGAUUAAUGCAAAACGAGAGAGUGAUAAGGUGGCUAAAAGUGGAGGGCGUCCACUCCCUGGUCCCUGGGGACUCCCUGUCUUUGGUAGCAUGCUGUCCUUGGAUCCAAGCGGCCCACAUCUAUCCUUGAUGAAGCUAGCAAAGGUCUACGGCCAUGUCUUCAAGAUUCAGAUGGGCAGCCGACCUGUACUUGUUUUGAACGGUCUAAAGGCUAUCCGUAACGCAUUAGUAAAACAGGCAGUUGUAUUUGCUGGUCGCCCUGACCUGUUAACACUAAAAGCUAUUAACAGUGCCAACUUGUUCGGUCCAAGCCUAAGCUUUAGUCAAUACAGCGAGGAAUGGAAGCUCCACCGAAAGAUUACCGAGACGUCCCUCCGGCACUUUACAGCAGGCAGUCAGGUCCCGUUUGUUGAAAGUGUUGCCAAAGGCGAAGCAGAAGAGCUGGUCCGCUAUCUGAAAGUCCCUAAAUGUGAAAGAAGCGUGGACAUUCCAUGUCUUGUACGUCUGUCCGUUAGUAAUUUAAUGCUUUGGUUUAUGUUCAGGAAGCGUGCCUCCUACGACGACAAGAAGUUCAUCGAAUCUAUCAACAUUUUGGACGGAUUGUCGGAGGCCGGAAGUGGAAACCUUGUAGACUUCCUACCUUGGCUGAGAUUUUUUUCUCUCGAUUCAUCGACAGGAUUUUUGGAGGCACAAAAGAGGUUCAACAAAAGCGUACGUGGGCUCAUUGAUGAACGCCAUGAACUUUAUGAUCCAGAAUCUGCGCAACAUGUUUUCAUGGAUGAAAUCAUUGCUCUCGGCCACGUCAGUGAAGAGGAUGAGUUCCAACGCUUGGGCUUGGCAGGACGUACAGUUCUACAAAAUGCCUUUGACUUUUUUGGAGCAGGAUUGGGAACUACUUCGGCAACCUUGGAGUGGGCAAUGGUACACAUGGCUCUGUUCCCAAAAGCUCAGUAUGAAGUCCAAUGCGAGAUUGAUAAGGUUGUCGGUCGUGAUCGUCUGCCAACUUUAAACGACCGUGAAUAUCUACCGUUGACGCAGUCCUGCCUUCUUGAAAUCCAGCGUUACGCAGCAGUCACUCCUUUCGGCAUUCCUCACAGCACGACUAAGGAUACCAUUCUCGACGGGUAUUUCGUUCCUAAGGACAUGGUAGUCUUCGUCAACCUCUACUCAGCUAACUUUGAUCCAGAGGUUUGGGACGAGCCUGAAGUAUUCAACCCACGUCGUUUCCUCGCUCAGGACGGGGCACUUGAUGACGAAAAAAUGAAACUGUUGAAAGCCUUUGGUCUCGGUCGCAGACGGUGUGUCGGAUCAGGUUUGGCGAGUAUUAAUCUUUUCAUCUACUUCAGCACACUCCUACACCAACUUAGGUUCAGUUGUCCAGAAGGUGGGGAAGUCAACUUGGAGUUUCAGUUUGGGAUCACUUUACAUCCCAAGAACUUAAACGUGCACAUUGAAUCCAGAUAAGCAACAGAAGAAGACGAUGCAGCAUGUUAUGAAUCUCAUUGUAACAACCCAAUUCUUCUUUUGACUCUUUGAUUAUUACAUUAUCUACCUGACUUUUUUUAAUAUUGAGUUUAACAUUAUUGUAACUGAAUAUCUUUAUAGUUUGUGAUGUGAAGUGAAAAAAAUCUAACCACGAGCUUCAUAGUGUUUAUAGAGGUUAGUUGCUGGAUUAAAACAUGUAAUUAAAUUCACUUUGUUAUUGCCCUUACAUGGUCCUGGUGAUUUUCCAGAGUGUUUUACAUGAAAGUACGAAUAGUUAUUCUCUUCAAAAUUAAUUAUUCUGUCGAAAUGUAAGACUGCAUAGCCGUUAAUGGUUUAAAGUAGAAAGUAUCUGUACAUACUCUUAGAAUCUAAAUAUUAAUUCGAAAUGUACGAAUUCGUAUACAGAUAGUCCAGCAAAUUGGGCUUGAAGAAGCUAUUGUUCAUAGGCAAAGCGAAAAUAUUGUGCAUAAUUUGCAAACAAAUUUUAACUUCUUGUUAGGGAAGACGCCCAGUUAAAGGGCAAGUCCGGCCCAUGUGUUAGUUGAAUAGAAUAAUAGGGUAAAAUUAAACAAACAAAACAGUGGAAUUUUCAUCAAAAUUGGACGGAAAAAAAGACAGUUAUGGAAUUUAAAACGGUCGCAUAAUUUUACAAAAAAGUGAUAUACAUCACCAAGGCUGUAUGCAAAUUAGCGAGUUGAUGACGUCGUCUCUCUUCCCUUUUCUCUAUCCUUUUUUAACAUCAAGUUUUUGUCUAAAUAUAUAUGCGUUUGUGUGUGUGUGUGUGUGUGUGUAAAUAUUUUGUUAUGAUCAUACUUUUUAUCUGGUGUACACACAUCUAGACAGAUAUGGAUGGGAUAGAUAAGUUUCAGGGAAAGUAGAAUUACCGUUCUGAUACCAUUGGUAUUGUUUUUGCUAUUAGAUGUAAAAUUGCUGUGGCUAUAUCAUCGCCUAAAGUUGCUUUAUAUGAUAUAUAUUUUGUUGAGUACUGUAGUAAUUCAAAGUAACCAUUAGUACGUUAUGUCACUGACAAUUAUGGUCUGUGUGUAUUGGUGAAAAUCAUCAAGAUAAUAGGACGCCAUGAUAAACUAGUAAUUCAAAAUUUAAAUGUGAGUGCGGUGAGUUGUAGAUAAACUUUAUAUACCAUUUGGGAAUGCGUCGAAAACAAAUUUAAUUUAAGUUCAUUAUUAUUUUUUCAUUUCCAACAAAAUACAAUACAUAAUAACGAAUCCAAUGUAAAAUGUAUACAAAACAUAGUUAACGGUAAUUUAUGCAUUUGAGGAAGACAAAAAUUGAAUUAUAAAUUUAACUGCAUUUAUAUUUUUAGGA